CGUAAACCGGUCUCGAAACCAAAUGGAAUCAUUCAUUCGAUACAGCUCAUAUGAUAAUAACAUAUCAAACCACUGUUGAAUUUCGUUAAAUUUGUUUAUUUCUACUUUAGUGCUCUUGAUUAAUUAUUAUUUGAAGAAUUCUUCAACAUGGGAAUAGCAACCGAUGCACGUGGCGUUGUGCUUUCCGGCACCAAUUUGGCAAAAAAUAUUCGUGAAUCAUUGAAGAGAGAAGUAGAAAAUCUAAAAACAAUACCGAAUUUCGAGCCUGGAUUAGCAAUUGUCCAAGUUGGUGGACGCGAAGAUUCAAAUGUCUACAUUCGUAUGAAAAUGAUGGCAGCAUCAGAAAUUGGAAUUAAAGCAACUCACAUUAAACUUCCCAACACAACAACGGAAAUGGAAUUGAUUAAUAAACUUGACAAACUAAACAAUGAUCCAAACACUCACGGAAUUAUUGUGCAGAUGCCACUUGACAGUAUACACAAUAUUAACUCUCACUUAAUCACUGAUACUGUAUUGCCAGAAAAAGAUGUUGAUGGGCUCAAUACCAUCAAUGAAGGAAAGGUUGCCAUUGGAGAUAUGUCAGGGUUCCUCCCUUGUACUCCAAAUGGAUGUAUUGAACUCAUUAGAAAAAGUGGUAUUCCGAUAGCUGGAAGGAACGCUGUAGUUAUAGGCAGAAGUAAAAUUGUAGGAACACCCGUUGCUGAAUUAUUAAAAUGGCAUAAUGCAACUGUAACUAUUUGUCAUUCUAGAACAAAGGACUUACAAAAAAUUGUGUCUCAAGCAGACAUACUUGUUGUGGGAAUUGGUCAGCCAGAAAUGGUUAAAGGAUCAUGGCUAAAACCUGGAGUGGUUGUAAUCGAUUGUGGUAUCAAUCCUAUUCCUGAUCCUACAAAGAAAACUGGACAACGUCUUGUUGGUGAUGUAGCCUACGACGAAGCGAUUAAAGUUGCUUCUUAUAUAACUCCAGUUCCUGGUGGUGUUGGUCCAAUGACAGUAGCCAUGUUGAUGAAAAAUACCGUUAGUUCAGCUCAACAAGCAGCUGACAAAAUUCUAGAUCCUAGUUGGUCUCUUCGUCCUCUACCUUUGAAGAUUCAAAAACCAGUUCCAAGUGAUAUUGAGAUUUCCAGAAGUCAAGAGGCAAAACCAAUAACUCUUUUAGCAAACGAAAUUAAUAUUGCACCUAAUGAAAUUAUCCCUUAUGGUUCAAAGAAAGCUAAAAUUAGUCUUAAUGUCUUGAAGCGAUUGCAGUAUCAGAAAGAUGGGAAAUUAGUUGUGGUUGUUGGCAUUACUCCAACGCCAUUUGGUGAAGGAAAAAGUACGACAACUCUCGGGCUAGUUCAGGCAUUGACAGCUCAUUGUAAUAAAAAUUCUAUCGCCACUCUCAGACAACCUAGUAUGGGUCCAACAUUUGGUGUAAAAGGUGGUGCUGCUGGAGGAGGGUACUCGCAAGUAAUUCCAAUGGAAGAAUUCAAUCUCCAUUUAACAGGAGACAUUCAUGCAGUGUCAGCAGCUCAUAAUUUACUUGCAGCUCAAAUCGAUGCUAGAUAUUUCCAUGAGUCUACACAAACUGAUAAAGCACUGUAUGACAGGCUUGUACCUACAAUCAAAGGCGAACGAAAAUUCUCUAAAAUUCAAUUAAAACGAUUACAAAAACUUGGCAUCAAUAAAACAGAUCCAAACUCUUUAACUGAUGAAGAACAAUCUAAGUUUGCCCGACUUGAUAUUGAUCCUGAACGAAUUACUUGGCCAAGAGUGGUGGAUUUAAAUGAUCGAUUUUUAAGAAAAAUAACAAUUGGUCAAAGCCCAUCAGAAAAAGGUAAAACUCGAGAAACUUCAUUCCGUAUAUCUGUUGGUUCUGAAAUAAUGGCUGUUCUCGCAUUGGCUACUGACGUCGAAGACAUGAAACAGAGACUCGCUAACAUGGUUGUUGCAUUUUCUAAAAGUGGAGAGCCAUUAACUGCAGAAGACUUUGGUAUGACAGGAGCUAUGGCUAUUCUUCUAAAAGAUGCUAUUCAACCUAAUUUGAUGCAAAGUAUAGAAGGCACUCCAGUCCUUGUACACGCUGGUCCAUUCGCCAAUAUCGCUCAUGGAUGUUCUUCAAUUAUUGCUGAUAAAGUUGCAAUGAAACUAGUGGGACCUGAUGGGAUCGUUGUAACUGAAGCAGGCUUUGGUUCUGAUAUUGGAAUGGAAAAGUUCUUUAAUAUUAAAUGUCGUACUUCAAAACAUGUACCUAGCGCUAUUGUUUUGGUAACUACUGUACGAGCUUUGAAGAUGCAUGGUGGAGGACCAACAGUGACGCCUGGCGCGCCUUUAAAAAAAGAAUAUCUCGAAGAACACUUGGAUCUUGUUCAAAAAGGCUUACCGAAUCUACUUAAACACAUUGAGAAUGGCAAUCAUUAUGGAAUCCCUGUUAUCGUCGCGAUAAAUGUUCACGCUAGCGAUACUCAGGCAGAAUUGAACCUCGUUAGAGAAGCAGCACUUAGUAAUGGUGCUUCACAUGCUGUUAUUUGCACUCACUGGGCAGAAGGUGGUAAAGGAGCAUUAGAACUUGCAAAUGCUGUAAUUGAAGCUAUUGAAAAACCAAAUAACUUCAGAUUUCUCUACGAUCUUAACAUGAGUAUUGAAGAUAAAAUAAAAACAAUCGCCACUAAAAUGUACGGUGCUGGAGAAAUUCAUUUGUCGGACAUAGUUAAAGAGAAAAUAGCAAGAUACCAUAAAUUAGGGUAUGACAAGUUCGCUCUAUGCAUGGCCAAGACUUCCAACUCAUUAACAGGUGACCCAGCUAUCAAAAAUGCACCUCGAGACUUUCCAUUAGAAAUCAAUGAUAUUUUUGUAUCUACGGGUGCAGAAUUUAUCGUUCCUAUGGUUGGAGAGAUAAUGAUGAUGCCAGGCUUGUCAACAAGACCAGCUAUUUACGAUAUGGAUUGGAACAGUGAAACAGAUGAAAUUGAAGGAUUAUUUUAAGUUGCGAUAUUUUGAAUACUUACGAAUUUUUAGAAUGUAUCUUACUUCUGUUGCUUGAAAAGUAACUCUCAACUGUUAUAAUUGUUACAAAAAUUCUAUCAUAAAUGAUAUAUAUUUUUUCAUAUUGUUUAUAAUGAAAAAUAAAAUUUUAUAUCAAUCA